AUGUUACACUACGGAAUUAUACUGUAUCUAGCAUUAUUGCAUCGAGUGGUAAUAUGUUCAAAUGUGACUGAAACCAUAUUAUCCUCGCAAGAUCAGCUGUGGGUAGAGGAAUCUAUUGCUAAUGAGAAUAUCUGGGAGAAUUUUACGGAGCAGUUUAUUCGUGAUAAGGACGAAUCCAAUUUUUCAUCGAACAACACGACUGCACCAAGUGACAGAAAUACCGAGAACGAACUUUGGGAUGGUGAUCAAUUUUUGGAAGUCUGGAAUCCAAUUGUCAUCUCACGAAUCUGGAAGAAUGAGACGUACCGAGAUGCAAAUAUUUCGUUAUCAUGCGGUGAAGAUCUUACUCGUUACAUGAUGGGUGUAUCGAGGAAAAACAAUUGGGCUCUAAAAAUGAUGGAUGCGGACGGUAAAUACACAUGGGGCGCAUUUUCUGCUAAUAAAUAUUGGUUUGGAGAUCUAAAUCAAUGUCGCAAAAUGGAAAAUGAGUUCAUGGAAUGGCAAAAGGAUGAAAGAGUCCAACGAAGCAAAGAAUUACCGCCCUUUCGCGUCAGCGUGAACUCCAUCAAUCUUAUGUUUGAAAUCCUGAAGCCUGGACUAAAUGAGACUUACAAUGUUACGCUUGGAUUAUGUAUGCCAAUUGUAUGCGACACAAAGGAUAUCGAGAGACUUUUGUAUUUCGUACAAAAUCAAUCUAGUAUAAGUUUACCGUCAAGGAUUACCAUCAAUUACAUACGAAAUCUUUCAAAAGAUGUCCGCAAUCCGAAAGUCGUGCCGAAACCUUUAUCGGAGGCAUUGCUGUCUUUCAGUCUACUUGUAAAUAUAUCUAAGCUUUGUAGUCUGAAUGUCGGUGAGGAUACGUUAGCGCCGAUACACGGAUUAAAAUUUUACACGAUGCUCUGGAUAAUUCUGGUACACACGUGCUUGUUAGCUAACGCAGUUUCGGACUCCAAUAUGUUUCGAAGUAUAGCGGAAAAUGACUUCUUUUAUCAGCCCAUCGGUAAUGGUACAUAUUCUGUAGACACAUUUUUCUUUAUCAGCGGAUGCUUGGUAACAUUCCUCUAUUAUCGUACAAUGGCGAAUAAAAGGAUACAAGAGAAAACAAUAAUAAAGGGAUGUCACGGUCAAGUCGUGCAAUUUUUGGCAAUGAUGUGGUACAGAUACUUCCGCUUGACCCCGGUUUAUCUCUUGGUGAUCGGUUUGAUUCAAGUGUCGAUGAAAUGGUAUCAUGAUCACUCCAUGAUGGAAUUAACUGCACUGGAUUAUAAAACAUGCGAGAAAUUCUGGUGGCGGAACGCCUUGUAUAUAAAUACUUAUUUCGAUAUGGAUGAUCGAUGUAUAACUUGGAGUUGGUAUCUGGCAAACGACACACAAUUCUACACUAUGGGAAUAAUUAUUUUGAUAAUCGGAGCGAGCUUUCUACCGGCAGCAGCAUUCAUGGGAGCUUUCUUUUUAAUCGCCUCGUGGGUCACGACAGCGAUAAUCACUUUGAACACCAAACACGUACCAAGUAUCCAGGAACCAUUCGCGCAUUAUGAGAAUCUCUACGACAAGCCAUGGACACGAAUAGGACCGUAUCUCAUAGGAAUGGCUACUGGUUGGUAUCUCUUCAAGAUUGACUGCAAGGCGAAUAUGAAUAAAGCUGUGGUUGCAAUAGGUUGGUCUAUUUCUCUGCUCACGAUGACCAGUAUAGUAUAUGGAUUAUACGGAACUUCGUUCGGACCGAUAUUGUCCGCGUUGUAUACGGCAUUGUCACAUUCCGGAUGGGCAAUAUGCUUGGCAUGGAUUUUGAUCGCCUGUGUCAGCGGAUAUGGCGGUAUAGUGACCCAUUUAUUAUCAUGGAAGUACCUGUAUCCUAUUUCCAGAUUAACGUAUUGUGUUUAUUUAGUGCAUCCUGCACUUUUGCGCGCUAUGAUUCUGCAUACUGAAAGUUCGUGGCAUCUUUCACAUGGCUUUGUGGUAAUUUCUCUUUUAUUAUAGAAAUACUAUCGAUUAUAUUAUUUCGAUAAAAUCUU